CGCUCUAAUAGCCUGCACGCAGUGGCGCAACAAGGGGGGGUGCAAUGCACCCGAGCGCCACAUCAGCGGGGGCGCCAAAGAGCGUAUGAAAAAACUGACACUCUCAGGACUAACGUUAGGAGAAUAACGAUAGUUAACGAACGCUACCAUCAUGGAUGGGAGAAAGAAGCCUUCGGGCGCCCAAAACCGAAAAAGAAAAAUGAAAAGACAGGAUACAGAAAGAAAGAUGAGAACAUCACUGUCAAACUGGAUAACCAAACCAACAUUACAGGAGGAGCAGGGUGAUCAGAGCAGUUCAGAGUCGAGUCAGAGCUUAGCAAAUGGAGGCGGGAAUACUAACGUUAGGUAAGCAAGCUGACUAAAGUUAGCUAAGGUUAGCUAGCAACUGAAAGAUAGUUUGAAAGAAAGUUUUCAUACUAAUAAAUAAUAGGUUGCUGUGGAUAUAGCUGAAGUAACGUUAACAUCUGGCGGUGAUAAACAGGCUAACUGAAUGCAGGACUGGUGGAAAGAAGUUAGCUAGCUAACUUAACCCGCUCUUUCCUCCAGUCCUGCAUUCAGUUGACUUUAGCCUGUUUAUCACAUGGCUAGCUAACGUUAGCUAUCGAUAGCUAAAUGUGAAUAAUGCUCUGCUGAUAACAAACCAGCGAUUACUAACUAACGUUAGUGUAUCACAUGAUGACACAUAGGUUGCAUUGCGUGUUUUUAAAGAGGUGUUAAUUCGCUUAAUUUAUCAAUAUCCCCAGCGAGGAACAGAUCAGAGAGUGUGUUGAUGCCAGCAUUAACAGUGACGGAGUGACAAGUAAUGCUAGUGGAGACUCGGACGAGGCUGGCAGGUAGUUUUGAAACCAGUUUCUUAAAUAGAAGUAAAAGAACCUGCGAGACCAUAAACUCUUACACUCCAGAGGAAUGUGACUUCUCUUUCCUGGAGGAGGGGUUUUACGCCUGUGAUGUUGUUGAGCAGAGGAUCAACGAGUCGUCCAUGUCGGAUGACAAAGACGCCUUUUAUGUGGCGGACUUGGGGGAGGUCCUGAAGAAGCACCUGAGGUGGGUGCGUGCCCUGCCCCGCGUCACGCCCUUCUACGCCGUCAAGUGCAACGACAGCCGCGCCGUUGUCAUGACGCUUGCCACUCUGGGGACGGGGUUCGACUGCGCCAGCAAGAAUGAGAUCCAGCUGGUGCAGUCUCUCGGGGUGGACCCCAGCAGGAUCAUCUACGCCAACCCCUGCAAGCAGGUGUCCCACAUUAAGUACGCCUUUGCCCACGGGGUCCAGAUGAUGACCUUCGACAGCGAGGUGGAGCUCAUGAAGGUCGCCCGUUACCAUGAAAACGCCAAGCUGGUGCUCCGCAUCGCCACGGACGACUCGAAGGCAUUGAGUCGAAUGAGCGUGAAGUUUGGGGCGGCGCUGGAGAGCAGCCGGCUGCUCCUGGAGCGUGCGCGGGAGCUGGGCCUCGACAUCAUCGGGGUCAGCUUCCACGUGGGCAGCAGCUGCACCGACCCCGAGACCUACAGCCAGGCCAUCUCAGACGCCCGCUGCGUCUUCGACAUGGGGGCGGAGUUGGGCUACAAUAUGACCCUUCUGGACAUUGGCGGGGGAUUCCCUGGGUCCAACGACUCCGAGCUGAAGUUUGAGGAGUUCACAGCUGUUAUAAACCCAGCGCUGGACAAGUACUUUCCAGCCGACUCUGAAGUCCAAGUAAUCGCUGAGCCAGGCCGCUACUAUGUGACUUCAGCCUACACGCUGGCGGUUAACAUCAUCGCCAAGAAGGUGGUGAUGAAGGAGCAGUUAGCCUGUGAUUAUGAAAAUGAUGGGGCCAACAACAGGACCCUGAUGUACUACGUGAACGAGGGGGUCUAUGGUUCAUUCCUCGCAGUCUUUUUGGAUCACACCUAUGUCCUGGCAAGUCCGCAUAAGAAACUCAAGCCGGGUGAGCGCACCUACCCCUGCAGCAUCUGGGGCCAGACCUGCGACGGGCUGGACUGCAUUUUGGAGCAGUGCAUCCUGCCUGACCUGCAGGUGGGCGAAUGGCUGCUGUUCCACAACAUGGGGGCCUACACCAUCAUCUCCUCCUCCACCUUCAACGGCUUCCAGAAGCCCGACAUCCACUAUGUGAUGUCCCGGAGUGUGUGGCAACACAUUCAGCAGAUCUCCACUCAGGGGUUGCAUGGCCCCAUUGAAGAGGCCUGUCCCAGCGACCUGCCGUCCUGCUGCAGGAAGGAGAGCAGCCUGGAGCUGCCAAGCCCUGCCCACGUGCAGCCACUCCCAUGAUGCGCAGCAUGCAGUGCACUCCCUAUGAAGUGGCGAUGUGUGGUGAAGAACUGAAUUGAAGAUACUUUAACAAAAUUAUUGUGUGAAUCUAAGCAAAAUUAUUAGGUUUCUCUGCAGAUACGGGCCCAAGAAGACGGAGAAGCAGACGACCUUGAGCAACUAUAAACAGAUUACACAGUGCAGCAGCAGCACAAGCCAAGGCCAGCUGGGGUGGCCUACAUUAAGAAUUAAACCAAAAAGCUCUUUGAAAUAA